AUGUCGACGCUCAAGGUCUACCCGCUGAGCAACUACAGCUUUGCGACCAAGGAGGCACAGGUGGACGAGGACCCGUCCGUCGUCGCGCGUCUGCAGAGACUCAACUCGCUCUGUCUUCUCUCGCGCUUCCAACUUGCUCGCGGAGUCCUUCACGGCACAUCUACCGGCCCCUGCGCUAUCGCCCGAUCCUGCUGGCCCCGUAUCGUCCGCUCUGCGCAUGCAACUUUCAAUUCGCCUUCUUCCAUUGAGAUCCUCAACAGCGAGCAACUCUGA